CACACACGCACAUAAACGCAUAAACACACACACACACACACGUAUAUAUAUAUAUAUAUAUAUAUAUAUAGCUGUGUAUAACAAGGGUUUAUUUGAGCCACGUCUACGUCACCUACAACGAAUACGAACCUACAAAGCUUGUACAAUUUCUUGUCUCAUUGCGUCUUGACUUGUAAUAUAUACUUUCAGACCUUCAUCUAACAUUCCUGCUAGAAAUUAAAAAAAAAUUAAAAAAAAUAAAAAAUUAAAAGAAGAAAAAGAAGAAAGGAACUCUUUCACCUCCCUUUCUACUAAAAAAGAUAAAAGACAGAAGAAGAAGUAGUAGUAGACAAAAAAAAAUGUCCAAUCCACGAUCUACAUCCCACCAACGUAGAGCAUCUAUUCAACUUACAAACGUCUACCCCGAAAAGAGCCCUCAUCUCGGUCGCCUCGGAAGUAUUUCUCCACCACCACCGAAUGAAUUAGUUUCGGUACCAUUAGUGUCAUCCAAGCAACGCCAUGGGUCAAUGUGGCUCAGCAUUAAACUCAAGUGUCAACAGUGGAUUUACCGCAUCGAUUCAUUUUUAGAUCCUGCAGGAGGACCAUUGUUACCUCACGACAAACAUGGUGUGGCAUUUGGAGGAACCCAAAAAAAAUCCAAGAUCAUGUCAUUGUAUCGGUCAAAACUUGUUCGAUUCUUACUCCUAGUCUACUGUGUAUUCUCGGUGUUCCUGACUAUUAACCACAGCUGGCAUUGGUUAAGAUCUGGGCCAGUAUUGGAUUCAAGAUUUGGAGAAAACUGGGUAGCCCAACGUACUUAUAAUCAAGACGAUACAUAUUCGGUGGUGGACGGCAUGUCACAUGGCUUAAAGAUGGCCAAAUUACUGUCAAAGUCUUAUUAUGAAGCUGCAGAAGCUGUCGAGCCUUACUGGCUCAAGGCAUCCAAAGUACCUUUUGAAGAAGAUGUUUCAAUCAUCACCACAGUCACACCUGGUACCUGGACUGAAUUAGUUCGUUUAGUGGAACACUGGCAAGGUCCUGUAUCAGCUACAUUGCAGGUAAAGGAUGACAAGGAUGGCUUACAGGAAAUGAGCAAGAUUCGUGCUGCAUACAAUGAAAAUCCCAAACUCGCCACCCGUCUGGAUAUACAUUUGUCUCGCCACGGGGGCCGUCAACCAUCCGUCCUAUUGUCCCGUAAUGCCGAACGAAAUCUUGCGCGUUUGUUUGCACGCACAGAAUUUAUUGUGGAGAUGCCCAAUUCAAUGGUCCCAGGCACCAAUCUCCGCAAGACCCUCGAAGCCAAUCAAGCGACAUUUGUAAAGGUACUUCGGGAAGGCGACGUGCUUGUGGUUCCUACCUUUGGGUUCCCUCGGUACGACAAGGAGAGCUACACCGUGCCUCACCACAAGGCUCGUUUACUGGAAUUAGUUGAGGAAGAGGAGAUGAUCAUGAUAGACAAACACUGGAAGACCAAUCAAGGACCUACAAAUAUGACACAUUGGAAGGAUGCAGAUAUACUUUAUUUAGUUGAAAAGUAUGAGUUUCACUAUGAGCCAGUUGUGAUUGAAAGCAAGACAGUUCAGCCAUGGUGCGCCGAAAGAUUCCUUGACAGUAGAUCGGCAUGUCGGUUCUCUAGUUAUUUGACAGGUGCAAAAUUCUGGGUACUUCCUGACGAUUUCGUAGUCCAAUUACCUGAGAAUAAGGAUAGUGUAUUGACCGAUUUCGAUAAUGUGAUUGAGAGUCGCCUGUAUGCCAAAUUCUAUUGGGAGAAGUGUGUACAUUAUGCAAGGCAACUUGACGCACUCGGUCUCUGGAGGGGAUCCAGAUCACAGCACAUCAGAACUCAGUGCUCACGUGUAAUUCAAAACUGGGGCAAAGGAUUGAUAGGCAAAGCAGAAUAG